CACUCAAAUAGACCCCGCCACAGAUCACAGAUUAACUGAUUUACCAUGGCAACUAGAGCCGCGUACUUUUCCCCGUCGGAAGCACAAAUCCUCAUGGAGGCAUACGAGGAGGUAAAAGAUACAAUUAAGAAGAAAGGCAACACCGCCACAGUGAUAAAGCAAAGAGAAAAAGCGUGGCAAAGUAUUGCAGACCGCCUGAAUGCGUAAGUAGUGCACAAUUACACACUCACCGCUCUGCUGAAACAUCACAAUUACAAUUCAAAUAUUUAAUUCACAUCUCCAAAAAUGCAGUUGUACUGUAAUUAUGAAACGGUUAAAUUUUUAAUUGAAAUGCACUGCAGAUAUGAGUGAAAUUGUGUAAAGUAACUCCAUCACACUGUAUAAAGCUAUGAUACAUUUUUUGAUAUUUUUACUGAAAACAAGACAAAAAUACCAAGUAAUUUUUUGCAGUGUGACUCCAUUAAAUGUGUGUGUGUGUGUGUGUGUGUGUGGAUUAAACAUGAACGGGCCAAAACGGACAUGGCAGCAGGUCAAAAUCAAAUACAAGAACAUUCUGCAGAAUGGUAUGGUCCCUGACUAAUAUUUAACAAAGCACAAGCAUAUAUUGUACCCAGAAGGUGCCUGCUCACACAUUGUCUGUACUGUUUUAGCAGUGAAAAAGAAUACCCACAGACAAGGCACGGGUGGUGGGUCACCAAAGGCUGACCUUACCCCAGCAGAGGACAUGGCCUUGGAGCUAAAUAAAGGCAGGCCCGUCUUAGAGGGGAUCCCUGGGGGAAAAGAGACGAGCAUAGGUUCCUCCCAAGAUGCCACCCGCUUCAUUCAAGUGUCUGGCAGCACUGUGUUCCUGUUAGAGCCACCAGCACAAGCACCAGACGAUGCUGAUCCAGGUGAAGGCCCCAGUGCAGCAGCAACAGCACAUGAUGGAGACGAUGAUGAGGAGGAGACCAUCUCUCUGGAUUCCAGAAGGCAUGAGGACCCAGAUGCUAUACAGUGGGAAAACCAGCCUGGCAACAUAAGCUCACAAGCUAUCAGAAAGUUGUAUGGCAACCACCUCCGGCGCCAAAUAGAACUGGCAGACAUAGACAUUCAGUACAAGAAGAAAAAGAUGGAAAAUCUUGCACUGGAGUCCGAAAUAAAAAAGAGGACAAUUAGGAAACUGGACCUUGAAAUAAAAAAACUUGAGAGGGAGCUCCAAGAAGAUGACACAGCUGAUGACCAUCUAUAUGAAAGAUACAGGUUUUCUGCAGAUGGCAUCAGGUAUCUAUGCAGACUACUGGGUCCCAGGAUUAAGCACCGCACUGCACGGAGCCAUGCACUGAGUGUGGAGCAAAUGGUUUGUGUGGCCUUGCGCUUUUUUGCUAGUGGAGCCUUCCUGUACUCAGUGGGGGAUGCAGAACAGCUGAACAAGGCCACAAUUUGCCGCACAAUAAGGAGUGUGUGUCUGGCUAUCAAAGCAUUAGCAGAUGUCUUCAUCUCCUUCCCUGGCCACAGAAGACUCUGUGACAUCAAAGAGGAGUUCUAUAGGAUUGCAGGUUUCCCCAAUGUCAUUGGUGCAGUGGACUGCACACACAUAAGGAUAAAAGCCCCCUCAGGUGCCCAUGAGGCCGAUUUUGUGAAUAGGAAAUCCUUUCACAGCAUUAAUGUUCAGAUGGUCUGCAAUGCUGACUGUGUGAUCAGCAAUGUUGUGGCAAAAUGGCCUGGCUCAGUCCAUGACUCCAGAUUCUUUCGGGCCUCUGAAAUCUAUCAGUGCCUAUCACAAGGUGAAUUCUCUGGUGUGUUGCUGGGAGACAGGGGGUAUGGCUGCCAGCCUUUUCUCCUGACACCUUUCACAGACCCCCAGGAAACACAGCAGGCCUACAACCAUGCCCAUGCCAGGACCAGGGCCAGAGUUGAAAUGACCUUUGGCCUCCUGAAGGCACGCUUUCACUGCCUUCACAAAUUAAGGGUCAGCCCUGUUAGGGCAUGUGAUAUUACUGUGGCUUGUGCUGUCCUCCACAAUGUGGCCUGCCUGAGGAAGGAGAGGGCCCCCAGAGUGCCACCAGCCAUGGACUGGGACAAUCCGGCAAUCUUCCCUGAUGAUGACAGUGGUCGGCUGCUGAGGGACCAAUAUGUGUUGAUUUAUUUUAGUUAGUAUGUGUGCUUUCAAUUUUGGUUAAAUAUGUCCUGCGGUGGCAGAGGAAUUUGGUUUUUUUUGGGUUCGUUUUUUUUUACGAAUUUGGCCUCUUAUGAUGUUUGUGCGGUAUACUGUGUGUAAUACAAGGCUGCAGGGAGGCUACUGCAUCCAUUCAUUUGUCUGUUCAGUUGAUGUGUAUGGAUUUGUGCAGACAUGCAGGGUGUGUUAUAUACAGACCUUUGAAUGUGUAUGUAUCAUUUUGUAUAAUAUGCUUGGAUUCUGUGCUUUCCAUCUUGUAGAGUCACUGUGACUUCAGUUUCGAAAGGAGCUGAUGGUUUACCUGCUUUGUUUUGUCCUUAUUCAAUAAAGGAACAUAAUGUUA